AUGACGCUUCGCACAUCCGAUCUUUUUGAAUGCUUCUGUGGCCGCACCUAUACGUAUGCGAUUGAUCUGGAAGAACAUCGAAGGGCGCGAGGUCACUUUCCCUCACAUGUCUGUAGAGGUAGUUGCAGACAUCCUCCAGUGGCUCAGUACAACUUUACCAUUCGCAAAUGUGGCUAUUGCGGCAAACUCUGUGAGCGCCUGGAUAUCUUUGAAGACCACUACAUUGCUACUGGGCAUUGUUUCUGUUCGGAAUGCGACCUCCCCUUCGAAAGCCAGAGCGCUUGGAAAAAUCACUGCGAGGUAGAGCUCCAUGCUUCCGAGUAUCGUUGUUGCAACUGUGACAUCUCUUUCAAAGAUAUCCACGCCUUGAACGCGCAUAUGGCGAGACUUGUGCAUCGGAACCCUCUCCAGCAACAGCCCCACGGCAAUGCAAGAAAGGCGGAAAAAGUCACCACAGCAAGUGCGGGUGAUCGGACAUGCAAGAAAUGUCAGCGAACCUUUCCGUCUCUUCAGUCUUUUCAACAACAUUGGAAAGGAUGCAAAAGAAAGUUCAGUGCACCGUCGGCUCUGCUGCACCAUCUGGAAAGUGGAAAGUGCUGUUCAGGCAUGGACCGUGAUGACAUCUACGACAUCGUUCAGCUAUACGACAAAGAUCACACGAUCCACACCCUCCCAAAACUCACGCCUUCGAGCUCCACUUACUUGUCGGCACAUGGUUUAUCUCCUGAUUCUGGAACGCCAACAGCGUCUCUCGAUAGUUCAGAUGGCUGGCUACUGGUCACUCCCACACACUCUCAGGGUAGUGUAGAGGGUAGUCUAGUAGAUUGGACACCGCUUGAGGAUAGUCGUCUCUCGCUUGGAAGUAGACACGUGAUUGACGGAAUUAAGCCUGAACUCCGUUGUCCACUUUGUCCAAGGAAGUCCAAAGCCUUUCGUACGAUACAGGCUCUUCAGCAGCACAUAGUAUCUCCAGCACACUGUGAUAAGGUCUACCACUGCCCACGUAACCUCCUCUCAAUCAACUCCAGCAAGGCUGAAACAAAGCAAGGAAAAGCAAAGCAAUUUACAACUCUCAGUGGACUAGCUCAGCAUUUAGAGAGUGGGGCCUGCCAUGGUGGCAGGCAGACGUUCCUGCGUUGUAUUGAGUUCAUCCAACAGCAUUUGGGGCAAUGGGGACUUGGAGGGAUGCGCCUUUUGUUGCCAGGCUCCCAAGAUUGA